GUUAUGGAGCCUCGACCCAAGACUUCCAAGGUGAACGUGGUACCUUUGGAUGUCGAUGAAGUCCUGGUGGGACGAUAUCGAUCAGUUGUGCAUGCACUAGUGCGCGCCGGCGAUGAUGAAGAUUGGCGUCCUAGGUGGCAAGGGCUUGGAUCGUUUGUCAGCUUUUCAGAUGACUUGCACAAGCUUGAAGAGGCACUGGACGUUGAGGACAAUGGUGCAGAUGCUCAGGGGAUUUCAGAAGAGUUCAGUCCUACGACUGUUGCAGAAGAUGGUGUGUUUGGACAGCAUUUUUUACAGCGCAAUUCUGAGAAUGAUUUGAAUCGAACUCAGUUGGCCACCUCUUCAACUGCUUUUAGUUUUGAUGCUGCGUUGAAUGUAGCUUUCAACUCCACAGACGCUGAACUGCCAAAACAAAUUUGGGAAACUGGCGUUUGGAAACACAUCUUCGGAAACGAUGACACUGCUUUGGACUUUGAUGUUUGGGGACCACAGUUGACUAGACCCACUCCGUCUUUGUGGGGCUUGGACAACCAGGCAUUGGAAACGGAAGCAGCAGGUUCGAGGAAGCGUGCACACGCUCAUGCAUGCAAUUUCAUGGACGUUGUUUCUUUCAAGCCAGACGUCCCAUGGCAAGAUCAGAGGGAGGCAGACCUACAGCGUAGCAUCAAACUGUGGAUUGCAGUUACAAGCAGAUGGAGUGAUGGAAACUCACUGGCACAGAAGCUUGGAGAGAUGCGCAACGAAGGAGAGGUGUUCACAAUGUUUGCACACGUGUUUUCAGGUCGAGCUCCAGUGACUGUGCGCAAGCGUGGUGCAGCAGUUCUCAAAGUAUGUGAUUACUUGGAGCAGAACGUCCUGGAGCCCUUUCCCAUGAGAGAAAUAACAUUUUACAGGUUCCUUUGCCACGAAGAGUCGUCAGGAGCUCCAGCAAGCAGAAUGAAGGGUUUCAUACAAGCCAUUGCCUUUUGCAGACAUGUGUUGGACAUGGCAGAGUUGCAAUGCAUUCUGGAUAGCAAGAGGUGCAGUGGUGUGGCAUUUGAAUCCUGUCCAAAGGAACGCAAGCAGGCGAGCCCACUGACAGUGCUUGAGCUCAACAAGUUGCACGAGGUGGUCGACACAAGUGAAGACUUGUGGGAUUCAGCCUUUGCUGGAGCGGCGCUUUUAUGCUGCUAUUGCAGGGGCAGGUGGGGCGACUUGAUGAGGAGUGAGUCGGCCUUCGUAGACUAUGACGCAGAGGGCAAGCCGGCUUACUUUGAAACAAGGCCCAGCAAAAAGGGUGGUGCAAAAAGCAGGCACGUUCAAAACUGUGUCAAGCCUGCACCACAGCCAUCAAUGGACACAAGCACCAGCUCCAAGAGCAUGGGGUCGCAUGAAUUCACAGAGCAGCAUGGAUCAAAGUUUCAGGGCAAGCUGGUCAAUGACAUUAUUUUUGUGGAGGUUUGUGCUGGCAGUGCAAGGCUAACUCGCGCUGCAAGGGACGCUGGUUUCAAAGGCAUUGCGGUUGAUCAUACAGACCGCAGAUCAUGCGGAAUUGAUAUCUGCAUUUUUGAACUGGAAGAUCAGAGCCAAGUAGACGACCUAUGUCAGUUUCUUGAAGCUGAGGCUGACAACAUAGCAGCAGUUUGGAUAGCUCCUUCAUGCGGCACUGCUAGCAAGGCGAGAGAAAGGCGCCUCCCACAGUUGAAAAAACUUGGCAUAGCCGUGCCGAUCCCUUUGAGAUCGCAUGAACAGCCAGACCAAAUUGACGGUCUGGCAAACACUGACAAGGUGAAGGUGGAGAAAGCAAACAUGCUUUACAGCGCGGUCGAGCAGAUCACCCGCACCACUUGCAAAGCAAAAAUUUUUACUGGCAUAGAAAAUCCAGCAAACAGUCACUAUUGGGGCACAACACCAAUGCAGAACAUCAUGGAGGCUCUGGGGUUGGAAAUCGAUGUUGGAGAUUUUCAAGCCGGCCACAUACUCAUUGGCCACACUGACAGCCGCAGGGAGGAGUUGCACAACCAAUUGGAUACCUUUCUCAAGGCCAAUGCCAUGACCUCUAAGGAGGCGGAGCGAAUGCGGGGGAGGAUGAUUUUCUUCGAGGGGUACACCUUCGGGAGAGUUGCAAAUUCAGCAGUGAAGGCCAUAGGAAGGUAUUGCCAUAGUCAAGUGCCAACGCCCCAGUUUGAUGCAGCAAUGAGGAAGUCUUUGGAGUUUUUACAACAAAGAGUUUUGGCUGGCAAGCCGUUGAAGAUCCAACGAUCUCUGCAUCAGACCUGGCUUAUUUUUACAGACGGGGCUUGCGAUCCAGAAGCUCGCCAUGGGUCUGUUGGAGGGGUCAUUUACGAUCCUCAAGGCAACUGCAGAAGUUUCUUUGGUGAGAGCGUGCCACAAACAAUUAUGGACGCCUUGCUGGCGAACUCAAUGAACCCAAUCCAUGAGCUGGAAGUGAUGCCAAUAUUGCUGGCAGCUCACCUCUGGGGAAAAGCCUAUGAGGGGUCGCAAGUGGUUUACUACAUCGACAAUGAGUCAUCGAGAAUGGCGCACAUCAGGGGUCACGGAGAAACCUUGAGAGCUGCACAGAUGAUCGAAGCCUUUGUGGGCAUUGAGUCGUCCCUGCAGCAUCGUGUUUGGUUUGGGCGAGUUCCGAGCUACAGCAAUCCAGCGGACUCACCCAGUCGUUUGGAUUUCAAAGAAGUCUUGCAGCUCGGUGCUGAAGCUUUCCCCGAUGAAAAAGAGUGUCGCCAGUGA